CCAUGUCGUAUGACGACAUAAUGGGAUACUCGGCCAUGGAGGAUAUGGGAUACAGCAUGCUCCCAGCCGACUCGCCGCCCGAGAAUAUGGCCACGGAGAGCACAGCUGUCUUCAUGAAGGCAAGGGAGCCCUCCCUCGGCGAGGAGAUGGACAGCACCAAGUUAAAAACAGAUUGGACACAUAACUGGAUGUCAUACAGUGAAUGUAACACUGUCAACAACCCUCCUCGAUUGGAAAAACCGAUGGAUUUUUCCAACACCGGAACGGAUGAUGUUACUCAUUCUCAAGUGGUCAAGGUGCGGUCUAUCAAUUACGAUUUCAAGGAAGGGAUUAAAGCCCCCUUUAUCGGUAAAUUGGAGGUUGAAGUCAUCUUCCAUGGGACGGUCGUGAAGCAUAUGCAGUAUGGUGACGUGGUGGCGAUGGAUGGUGGCAAGGAUGCAGUGGCAGAAUUUGCGCCUAUUACGCAGAUGUUUAUAUGA